AACCUGCUGCGGUAUUCAGGCGGUCCAGGUGGUGUCGCUGUUUCAGACGCAACAAAGUUUCUGGUCACUGUCAUGUAACGCCAUAUCCAUAGUUGCGAAAUAAACAUGCAGUUUAAAGAGACGCAGCGCCUGUGAAUCUGAACGCUAUGCUGCUGCUUCAUCUCGUCACUGCAUUAGCGACACUGCUGUGUGUCGGUGAGAGUUACACCAUCAGGAGCUCGGUCUCGUGGGCUGUCACCAGUGAUGUGGUGGAGGAAGAGCUGGACACGCUCUCGGACGAGGCGCCCGCUGUGCUCGUCGAUAAUAUCGGCAUUUGGAAACAAGCCUAUCCGUCCUCCGUGUACCGGGACGCUUCAGAGAAGAAACCCGACCAGAUAUCGAAAAGCGAGGAUGUGUCAUCCGCGUCGCGUGUGUUUUCGUACCGGAUGGAGGAGGUGAAGGUGCCGUCCAGCAUCCCUACACCUCCACCGCACGAGGAGGCGGCGAGAGUAGCGCGAUAUAUGGCGCAUUAUAGCGACUGGGGUCACCUGGCAACCAUCUCCACACAGGAGCAGAUUAAAGGACUUCCAUUCGGAAACAUUUUCUCUGUAAGCGACGGUCCAGCUGACAACAGCACUGGCAUUCCUUAUUUUUAUGUGACACCGAUGGACAACACCGUAACAGAUCUUCGCAGCUUCCCUUUUGCCUCCUUAACAAUUUCCGAGGCAGAGGGAGAUUUCUGCAGGAACCAGGUUUAUGACCCUGAGGACCCCAGGUGUGCUAGACUCACUUUAACUGGUAAAAUGGUGGAGGUGGGACCAGAGGAGCUUGACUUCGCCAAAGAGUCUAUGUUCUCCAGGCAUCCUGUCAUGAAGAAGUGGCCCCCUGGACAUAAUUGGUUUUUCAUGAAGCUGGUUUUGCAGCAGGUUUGGCUGCAGGACUGGGUUGGAGGAGUCUCUGUCAUUCCACUUGAGGAGUAUUUCAAAGCAACACCUUUCUGAGAAAAAGAGCAACAUUCUAUAAUGAAAACGGUACAAGCAGAAUUGAACUGAUUGUACAGAAGGUGGUUAUGUUUUUGUUACUUUCAACUAGUGGUUUUUGCCCUGGCCAUGAUGCCGGUUCAGUGCCUCUGAACAUAUUCCUGCGGAUUUAUUGAAUGUA